AUGGGAGGCAAGGGGCUGAGCCCUUCUGACAGACAGCAUGUGACUGCGUUUUCCCCUCAUGGCCACUGGCCCACCGGCCACCACCCUCCUGCUCUCCCCUCCACAGAUGCAGUGAGCUGGGCCGGAGGACGCCCCAGCCACCCUGACAUUCCAUCCAACAUCUACGAAGGGGGGCUGGGGGCCCAGCAGCAGCAGUGCCCCAGUGCCCAGGGAAGCAAGCCCAAGAACUUUCGGCUGCGCCACCUCCGGGGCCUGGCCCUCUAUCUGCCGGGCCACAUGCAGCCUGCUGGCCAGUGUGAGAGCCACUGGCUGGGCCGGCUCAUGGCCAGGGGCUGCCUCCCACAGCCCAAGGGUGUGGCCUGGCCCCUGGAGCUACCACAGGGGACUGCAGGCCCAGGUAACAGCCACCACUCAGCACUUCUGGAAGCUCAAAUGCCCAGGGACAGCCUAGGAAAUACAGCUUCCAGUUCCAGCAUGGACCCAGCCAAGGGUGCCCCCUCCCAGUCCUGUCCCCCUGAAGGCUUGGGGCUCAGGCCCAAGAGAUCCUGGGGGGCCUCAGAGGAGCCCACCUGUCCUUUGUACAAGAGAACUCGCUUUGGGGCUCUGGAGAGGCCAUAGGGAUCCGAGUGCCAGGGCUGGUUCUCCCAGCCUGGGACAGGAGGGGAAAGGAUGGCCCAGGAGGAGGAGGUGGCAGGUCCAGGAAGGAAGGGCUCAGUCCCUACCAGUGGCACCCCAACGAUGAGACACUUGGGCAGCUGCCCAGCACCAGAGCCUGGGCCAGCCUCAGGAAAACUCAAGGGGGAAGGGAGGAGGAAGUCCUGCAGGAGGGACAGAAAAAACAAAUCUGGGCAUGCUCUUGCAGCCUGCUCCAACUCAAGUCAGCCACUUGUACCUGAGAGGCUGGGUGGAGCAGAGAGUUUGGGCUCCCAAGAGGCCGGGGAGCCUGCAGGUCUAAUAUCAAUAAAAGCCAAGGCCUGCA